AUGGAAAAAUCAGUGUCAGCGGUCACUGACAAAAAGGUUAGCAUAUUUUUACCUCAUGAUCUAGUGCUCUUCAUUCUCUCAAAACUUCCUAUACGUGAAUUAAAGCGAUUUCAAUGCGUAUGCAAAUCAUGGUGCGGCUUGUUCAAAAACCCUCACUUUAUUAACAUGCAUACUAACCAUCAUACACGUUAUAACCAUUCUUGUGAUGGUGAUACAUUUUUAGUCCUACACAAGUCGCUACAUGAGGAAUAUGGUGAGAGUUUGCGUUGCGAGUUUUAUUGGUUCUCGAGUGACAAGUUUGAGAAUUGGGUCAAAUUAGAUUGGCCGUCUCAAUUUCAAAACGAUGAUUGUAAUAUUUAUAUUGUGGGUUCGGUUAGUAUUAAUGGCAUUCUUUGUCUGAAACAAAGACUUAAGACUCGGCAGCUUGUAUUGUGGAAUCCAACUACCACUGAAUCUAAGGUCAUUCCUCCUAGUCCACUUGAAAACAGACCAUCUAAUAGGUCUCCUUGGGUGUUUCUUCACGGAUUUGGUUAUGAUCAUGUUUGUGACGACUAUAAAAUUAUUCAAAUGAUAGAUUUUUUUCCGAAGGUGGAGGAUAAUGUCCGAGGUGAAAAUGGAGAUUUGAUAUGGGAAGAUAAAUCUUAUGAUCCAUUGUGGGAGAUAUAUAGUCUUAAAACUAACUCUUGGAAGAAACUAGAUUUUGAUAUGCGCAAUUGUUAUCAUUAUUCUAUAGUAAAAGCUAUGGGAGUGUACACUGAUGGAUUGUUUCAUUGGUGGGCUAAAUCUGAAACAAAAAAUAUUGGAGAAAAUUUGCUGUCAUUUGACUUUAGCACUGAGAUGUUGAUUAAAACACCCAUGCCCACUGACAUUGAUCACCGUUAUGCGGUGAGAAACUUGGUGAACUUAGAUGGAUCCAUUGCUUUGAUUUCAAAUUAUCCAGAGGCGGCGGCUUUUGACAUAUCAAUUUUGGGUAAAAUUGGUGUGAGAGAAUCGUGGAUCAAGAUUAUUGAUGGGAGCUUACCUUUUGUUGGGUACCCCAUCGGAGUUGGGAAGAGUAACAAUGUUGUCAUCUCGAACGAAGAUGGUGAGGAAGUAAUUUUGAUUAGUCACGAAUCAGUUUGGGUUGAUUUGAGUACUCCAUUGUUUGGGAAGCUUCAUGUAAACGGAGACAAACUUGGUAGUUGUCAGAUGGGAAGGUACAAGAAAAGUUUUGAUCCUAUUGGAACAAUAAAUAGCUAA